UUUUUUUUUUUUUUUGAGCCAGGGUAUAAAAUGAAAAUAAAUCUCAGCCGUGGACUUGUCUUCCUACCGGAACGAUGACUAGGAUCGUCCUCUUCCAAAUCCUCCUGCUAGUAGGUUUCCUAAGUGCAAAGAGGUUUCCACAUUUCCCUGAAUAUUGCCUUCAUGACAAAGACUACGAGGAACUGCUGAGAAUCGCCAAAAAUGGGCUGGAACCUGCAACUCACCCAGCAAACGUGGUCAUUGUCGGUGCAGGAAUAAGCGGGCUUACAGCAGCGAAGCUGCUCCGAGAUGCCGGCCACAAGGUUACCAUUCUGGAAACGAGCAAUCGGGUCGGUGGGCGGAUCAGGACGUACCGACCAGAGGGACAGGACUGGUAUGUGGAGCUGGGUCCCAUGCGCCUGCCAACCAAGCACAGGCUUGUCCGUGAAUUCAUUAGGCAGUUUGGCCUGAAGCUAAACCCAUUCAUCCAGACAAAUGACAAGACCUGGUACCUUGUGAACGGCAUUCGGACAAGGACUGAGGAAGUGAAUAGAAACCCCGACAUCCUAAACUACACAGUGAAACCAUCUGAGAGAGGCAAGAGUGCCGUCCAGCUUUAUAGAAGCACUCUACACAAGGCUUUCAAGGAGUUCCAGGCUACAGACUGCAAGAAAUAUCUAGCUAAAUAUGACUCCUUCUCCACCAAGGAGUAUUUGAUUAAAGUAGGAAAUCUAAGCCGAGGCGCAGUUCAGAUGAUUGGUGACUUGUUGAAUGAGGAUUCUGGAUUUUAUCUGUCCUUCCUUGCCUCACUGUGGGAUUUUGAUAUCUUCUCUAACGAGAGUUUUGAUGAAAUCACAGGGGGAUUUGACCUACUGCCCAAAGCCUUCCAUGACGCGUUGCCCAACGUCAUCCAUUUCAAUUGCACAGUAGAGAAAAUCAUGACCAAGGGAAACAAAGUCCACGUGUUUUACCGCGCUCCGGACACUCUGGCCCCAACUAUAGUAAAGGCAGAUUAUGUCCUUGUCACAUCCACUGCCAAAGCCACCAGGCACAUCCAAUUCCUGCCACCACUGUCUCGUCCAAAGACCCACGCCCUGCGCUCCAUCCACUAUGCAAGCGCCUCCAAAAUAGCCUUGGCUUGCUCUGAGAGGUUCUGGAAGAAGGAUGGCAUCCGAGGAGGACAGUCCAUCACCGACCGCCCUUCCCGGUUUAUCUACUACCCCAGCCACAACUUCUCCAGCGGGCUGGGCGUGAUCCUGGCUUCCUACACCUUGAACGACGAUGCUGAGUUUUUCCUGCCUCUCACAGAUGAGAAGUGCCUGGAUGUAGUCCUCGAAGACCUGUCAGCUAUCCACCAAGUGAGCAAGGAGUACCUGCAGUACACCUGCGACCAGUACGUGAUACAGAAGUGGCAGCUGGACAAACACUCCCUGGGGGCAUUUGCUGCCUUCACCCCUUACCAGUUCGUCGACUACUCGCAGGCUCUCUUCGAGCAAGAGGGUAGGGUGCAUUUUGCAGGAGAACACACAGCUCAGCCUCAUGCCUGGAUCGAUACUGCCAUGAAAUCAGCCAUCAGGGCUGCGAGCAACAUCCACCACGACAGCGGCGAAGCCGAGAUGCUGAACGAGGAGGAGCUGGAGCAGAUGAGGGGUUUCUUGCAGAAGGAAGAUCUCUGAGCCGGGCUCCUGGGCUGGGCUUGCUGGAUGCCACCAGCACAGCCUGAAGGCACUUUGGCUGGUGUAAAGCUGUUUCUUUCCAAGCAAAGUCAACAGCAAGAUAUCAGUAGCUAAGGUGUUAAAGAAGAAACUCAAGGAGCACUUGACUGUCAUCAGACAAGACUAAUAGGUAACUAGUUAAACACUUGAGGAUGGGAGGGAGUACUUAAAAAGAAGUAAUGUCUAAGUAGGUUUCACGAUUCUUAAUAUUACCCUGGCUCAGAUACACUGCAGUAAAUUCUAAUUUAUUUAUGUACAAAGUACUUCAGGAAAUUACUAAGAUGGAAUAAAGGUGGCUAUUUCUCAGUUCUUUGUGCGUGAGGUGUUUUCAUCUCUCUGCGGAGAGAAGCGUCAUCACAUAUCGUCACUUCAGCCAUUUAGAAACUCAUCACCCAUCAGCUGAGUCUUCCUCCCCUUCCAGAGUC